CAAUGCUUUUUCAACCAAUAAAAGAGAAGGAAUUGAUAGGCAGGAUGGCAUGCUACGCUUCCCAUUUUUGAAGAUCGGGACGAAGCCCUGAGACCAGGAUGGUUGUUGCUGUGAAGCCGAGAGUUGGAUGGAUUGGCACGGGCGUCAUGGGCGCCAGCAUGGUCGGCCACAUCCUGAAGCACGGGUACGAGGUGACGGUGUUCAACCGCACGCUUUCUAAGUGCGAUGACCUCAAAGAGCAGGGCGCGACUGUGGCCAGCUCCCCCGCUGAGGUGGCUAAAGUUUCCGACAUCGUGUUCGGUAUCGUGGGCUACCCUAGCGAUGUGCGUAAGGUGUUCCUCGACCCUGAGUGGGGUGUGCUGUCCUCCAUCAAGUCGGGCGGUGUGAUCGUCGAUAUGACCACUAGUGAGCCGUCCCUCGCGAAGGAGAUCUACGAGGCAGCCAAGCAGAAAGGUGUAUCGAGUUUGGAUGCCCCCGUCUCAGGCGGUGACGUCGGUGCUCGUGAGGGUACGCUCUCCAUCAUGGUUGGCGGUGAUGCCAAGACGGUGGAAACGACGAUGCCGCUGUUUGAAAUCAUGGGCAAGAACAUCCGUCACAUGGGCGGUGCCGGUGCUGGACAACACACCAAAAUGGUGAACCAGAUCCUCAUCGCAACGAACAUGAUUGGCGUCGUCGAGGGUCUUCUGUACGCUCAGAAGAGCGGACUGGACGUGGAGGAGGCUAUCCGCGCUGUGAGCGCCGGUGCUGCCGGCUCCUGGUCGAUCAGCAACCUUGGACCUCGAAUCGCUAAGCGCAACUUCGACCCUGGCUUCUUCGUGGAGCACUUCGUUAAAGACAUGGGUAUCGCACUGAAAGAAGCCGAACGUAUGAACCUGUCGCUUCCUGGCCUUGCCCUCGCCAACCAGCUGUACGUAGCGGUCAAGGCUCAAGGCCACGGCCGCCUGGGAACGCACUCCCUGAUGCUCGCGCUGGAGCAGCUGAACGGCAUUGACUCCAAGUAAGAAACUCGAGAUGUUGAAGUGCCUAUAGCAAAGAUUUAGUUAAUUUACCUCAGUAUUAGCUAAAUUCACGCGUAAUUUUUCGAAGAAAAAAAGUCGCACUAAAUCAAAUAGGAUCCCCAUACAUUAUCGCUGUG